CCCUGGGCCCCUUGUCCACCCCACCCACGUGGCCUGCCCCUACCGGCAGUUCCUGAUAGAGGACUCUCCCUCGGGAAACAUUUUAUAGAUGGACAACGGAGACUCGGAACUCUGCCUGGCUUCACAUAUGCUGUGCCCUGUGCCUGGCUGGCUUUUUCUCAUGGUGCUGAUAAACUCCUGGGCACCUUUCUAAUCGCUCCUCACUCUGAGCUAGGCGCUGUAUCGAGCACCUUACACACAUUUUGUCCUACCUAUUCCUUUCAAGAGCCUCCAUGAGGUAGGUGGUGACUUACCCAGUUUGCUCCUAGAAGUUAAGUAGCCUACCCAAGGCGACAUUGUGAGUAAUCAGACUUCAGAGCUUGUAUUCUUGUAGUGUCCUAAGAAUUUUUAGUUCUUUGUGACGUCCUCCCUUAGUCAGAAUUGACUGAUUGCUAUACACGUCUUUAUUCUGUUACUGAUCAACAAUUAUUGAAGUGUUCCUCCUUGAUGUCUCUUCCUUUACUUGGAGACUGAGAUGUUCUUCGAGACAAACACCAGUUCUUACAAGUCCCGAUAAUCCACUCAGCACAGCAGCCAGCACCGAAAGACAAACCUUUGGAUGAACGAAUAACUUGCCCAAAGUCAAGUGUCUCGACUACAUUGUGAGAGUGAAUCUUUCAAGAUGGACCUAAUCUUAGAUGUAAACAUCCAGAUUUACCCUGUAGACUUGGGUGACAAGUUCCGGUUGGUCAUAGCCAGUACCUUAUAUGAAGAUGGUACCCUGGAUGAUGGUGAAUACAACCCCACAGAUGAUAGGCCUUCCAGGGCUGACCAAUUUGAGUAUGUAAUGUAUGGGAAAGUAUACAGGAUUGAGGGAGACGAAACUUCUACUGAGGCAGCAACGCGUCUCUCUGCCUACGUGUCGUAUGGGGGCCUGCUCAUGAGGCUGCAGGGUGAUGCCAACAACCUGCACGGAUUUGAAGUGGACUCCAGAGUUUAUCUGCUGAUGAAGAAACUGGCCUUCUGAAGCACCCAGGAAGCCAACCUUGCUGCUUAGUCACUUAGGGCUUGGACAUUCAUUCAUUCAAGCCUGAGGAGCAGUAACUGUUGACCACCUGUUCAGGAGGGGCUGUCUGUCUGCCCACUGUGGGUGCAUCUUUAGGUGGUCUGGACUCCAUGGGAAACUUGCCUGUGAAAGACCCAAUGGGAGAGCUUAAAAUGGAUGAGAAGUUGUUUUGUGUGUAUAUGAUUUUUAAAUUAAACUUUACUUUUUCA